AUGGAUACUCAUGGUACGAAGACGAUUACCUUCACCGAGGUCGACGAACUCAAUAACCCAACAUCAACGUAUAUCUACUCCGAGCCCUCUCCAGGGCCCGCAUCAUCCAUCAGUGGAAAAGGAGGCCAAGUCACAGGUCGUGUAGAUGUAGCACAUACUUCCUCUAGCUCAGCACCAUGGUCUCUAGGUUCUCUACAAAGUCUCUUGAUAGACGUGUUUCUUCCAGCUGGUUAUCCGCAUAGCGUUAGCGAUGAUUAUGUCCCAUAUCAAAUAUUCGACUCUCUCCAGGCGUUCAGCAGCUCCAUUGCCGGCUUACUAGCAUCGCGAGCCGUUCUACAAGGCGUGGGAGUCGGAAAUGCUAAUGCUUCUCCAACGUCUGCUCUCCUCCUUCAUAUCCUCCAAGAUACAUCUGGACGAGUCGCAACAAUUCUCUUCGCGCACCGCGUUGGAACGGCGCUCGAGCCGGAAUGUAAGAUGUACCGCUUCGCAGCGGACAUUUUUAACGACCUCGCGAUGGUACUCGACUGCUUAUCGCCCAUGAUCCCGGCCGGGGUUAGUCGGGUAACCAUUCUCAGUGCCGCUGGCGUGCUUCGUGCUCUCUGCGGCGUGGCCGGGGGAAGCUCGAAAGCAAGUCUGAGUGCUCAUUUUGCGAAAUGGGGGAACCUCGCUGAGGUCAAUGCCAAAGAUUCAUCCCAGGAGACAGUUAUUUCUCUGAUCGGGAUGCUGGUCGGAUCCUUGGUUGUCUCCCACAUCACGGGCUUCACAGCAACCUGGAUCACUCUCACCCUCCUUUUAACUCUUCACCUAUCUCUUAACUAUGCGGCCGUGCGCUCCGUGCAAAUGACUACCCUUAAUAGACAACGGGCCAAUAUCGUCUUCUCAGGCCUCCUUUCCUCAGACCCGGACUUUCCCAACCUCAUCUCAAACCAGGAGCAACAGGAGAAAGAACAAAAACGCCAGCCAAACGCAAAAGAAACGCAAAAAGUAUCAACCCUAACGCCAGCGCAAGUCUCCAAACAAGAACGGGUCUUCAACGCAGGCGGCGCGCUUGAUUGGUACUCUUCUAGAUCCUCCUCAAUGGAAACAGAAACAGAAACAUUAGGAUCAUGCCAGAUUGGCGGUUCGCUACCUCAAUUCCUCUCACGUUCGUCGUCGACCACCAUGCGUGGCUCCAAUUCGCUCAAAACUACCCUCCCGCUGGGAGAGAUGACAUCCCUUUGCAAUGACGAGGACUACAUAAUCCUCCUGCACCUCCUUCCCAGAACCCACACCACCACCACCACUACUAUUACCACCCAUAAAAGCAGCAGCCUAAGCAACCAAAACCACACAGACGCAACAAUCCUCCUCAAACCAUCUAGCACGCCCAAGUCCCACUUAAAGGCGUGGAUGCAUGCGCUCCUCGCUGCACGACUCCUGGUGUCCUCCCCAGAGGAUGAGCAAACUAGCAUUGGGCAUGACGAAACGGGGCAGCGGGCGUUGGCGACUCUCUCACGCACGCUGGGCUACCUGAAUGAGGGGGCUCGGUUCGAGAGGUAUAUUGAUUCGCUGAGAGAGGGCGGGUGGGAUGUUGAUGGGGAGGGAGGUGGAUCUGCGCUGGAGACGAGAGUUGGGGGGGGAGUUGUUGUUUCGUCCUCUUCUUCAUAG